CAUGCGCGCUUCACCGGUGGCUUUCAGAAAGUUGGAAUAAAAUGUGGUUCUCACCGCCCUCUCCCAACAAGCCCACCGCACCUCAGCCAUCAUUACCAACUCAAUGGGUGGAAAGCGCACAACCAGCCUGUGGGAGGUUUUGUCCCUCAUUUCCACAUCUGCAGAGACGAGUCGUUGGCUCGAGCUGCAGCUUUUCAGUCUGUGCCAAACACCGGUUGCGAGAAGGAGAAGGACACACUUUGAUGACUCAUGGAUUUCCUGCACGGACGAAUAUUUACGCAUCGUUGAAGUUUCUCUAACUGGAUAUUUUCAUGCAUUAAUGGUGCUCUUUUGGGUCAUUUGAAGACGAUGAAAUAUGUUUUUGAGUGAGACGUGAAUUGUUUUUACAUUUUAAGCUAAAAAGAAACCAAUGAAGAAGAAAAUGGACAUCUUCAUUUUUUCUUUUUAUUUAAUAUUUAUUAAAGAGGCUCAUUCACUCAGUUACACCAUUGUAAGCAAUCUCCAACCUCAUAUGCCUAACGUGUGCAUGGAGAGGGAGGUGACGCUGGUUGCCCAGAGGCAGCCGUGUGUGCAGGCCUUCACACGAAUGGUUAAAGUGUGGAAGCAAGGCUGUGCGGGGCAGCUGUGGUGCAUGGGAUACGAGCGGAGGACGGCGUAUUACACAGCCUAUAGGCAGGUUUACAAACAGGAUUACCAAACGGUACACAAAUGCUGUCCUGGAUGGUCUCAGCUUAACGGGGAGGCAGGCUGUCUCUAUCCGUUGUGUAGCUAUGGAGUCUGCUUCAAUGGGGGCCAGUGUCGGGAAGGAUCUAACCAACUCUGCGAAUGUCCUGCAGGAUUCAAUGGGCCACGCUGUCAAUACGAUGUGAAUGAAUGUGAGGAAACCAACGGAGGCUGCGAGGCUCUUUGCUGUAACACCAUAGGAAGCUUUUACUGCAGAUGUCCCUCUGGACAGAAGCUGAAUGAAGAUGGCAAAACAUGUGAAGAUAUAGAUGAAUGCCAGGUCCAUAAUGGAGGCUGCCAGCACAGAUGUAUUAACACCAGAGGCUCGUACUAUUGUGAAUGCCACCCUGGCUCCAGGCUUCAUGUGGACGGUCGCACCUGCCUCACGCUGUACUCUUGCGCUGUCCGCAAUGGAGGAUGCGAACACUACUGUCUGCAGCAGUCGGCUUCACAUUUUCGCUGCCGCUGCAAGCCAAAUUACGUGGUGGCAGAGGAUGGCAAGCACUGUAAAUUGCAGAAUCCUUGUGCAGAUCAGAAUGGAGGCUGCAUCCAUGAGUGUCGAGUUGAUGGAGGAAAGCCUUUCUGUGAUUGCAAACUUGGCUAUCUGCUGGCUGAGGAUGGGAAAACUUGUGAAGAUAUCGACGAGUGUAAAACAGAGGAAACCAACUGUGCUCAUGGCUGCCGCAACACUCUGGGCUCCUAUGCUUGUGUUUGCAACACUGCCUAUGAGCUGGGAUCUGAUGGGAAACAGUGUUACAGAAUUGAGAUGGAGAUUGUGAACAGCUGUGAGAGCAACAACGGUGGAUGUUCUCAUCACUGCCAGCAUUCAACCAGCGGGCCGGUGUGCACCUGUAACCAUGGUUACCGGCUCAAUGAUGACCUGAAAACCUGUGUUGACGUUGAUGAGUGUGGAGAACAGACUUCCUGUUGUGAGCAGGACUGCACCAACUACCCCGGGGGUUAUGAAUGCUACUGCUCAGCAGGAUAUAGACUCAAUGCAGAUGGAUGUAGCUGUGACGAUGUAGAUGAGUGUCUGGCUGCUAAUGGUGGCUGUGAUUACACAUGCCAGAAUACCGCUGGCUCCUUCCAGUGCUUCUGUCGCCGGGGUUUCCAACUGGACGAGGACAGGCGCUCCUGCCUCCCUCUCGAAGGUGCAGUUGAGUCCGUCUCCAGCGGAGGCGCCAUCGAGCUGUCCCUCAUUCAUCCCCAGCUCAUCUUGCUCCGCGACUACGACCAACCCCUGGAGCGUUACGACGACUACGAAGAUGACGAUGGGGAGCUGAGGGCUGAGAGCAGCCUGGCAGAGAAAUUUGUGUGCCUGGACAACACCUUCGGCAGCGACUGCAGCCUGACCUGUGAUGACUGCACUAAUGGGGGAAUAUGCAAUAUUUGGAAAAGCGGCUGCGACUGUCCAGAUGGAUGGACGGGAAUCAUCUGCAAUCAGACCUGUCCUGCGGGGCAUUUUGGAAAAAACUGCUCGUUUUCCUGUAAGUGUAAAAACGGAGCCAGCUGCGAUUCGGUCAGCGGGAGCUGCCGCUGCCCUCCUGGUGUGACUGGAGAUUUGUGUCAGGAUGGUUGUCCUAAAGGUUUCUAUGGGAAGCAGUGCAACAAGAAGUGCAACUGUGCUAACAACGGCCGCUGCCACCGAACCUACGGAGCCUGUCUGUGUGAAGCCGGACUGUAUGGACGCUUCUGUCACCUUCCAUGUCCUAAGUGGACCUUCGGAGCUGGCUGCUCUCAGGAGUGUCAGUGUGACCAGAAAAAGACAAAGGACUGUCAUCGCCACCACGGCACCUGUAUCUGCAAACCUGGUUACCACGGCAGCACCUGCAACGAAAGCUGUAAAACUGGUACUUUUGGACUCGGCUGUGAGCAGGGGUGCGCCUGUCCACCUGGAGAGUCCUGUGAUCAUGUGACUGGAGCGUGCCAACGAAAAUGCUCUGCUGGGCGUCAUGGGGAGAAAUGUGAGCAAGAGUGUCCAGAGGGGAUGUUUGGACCUGGCUGCAUCCAGUCGUGUAACUGCACCGGUGCGCCAUGUGACAAAGAGACAGGACAAUGCCACUGUCAUGCUGGGACGCAUGGAGAGCACUGUGAGAACUUGUGUCCAGAGGGUUUCUGGGGUCCUGGCUGCAGGGAAACCUGCCCUGCUUGUGAGAACGGGGGCGCCUGUGAUAAACACAACGGGUCUUGCGGCUGCCCGCCUGGAUACAUGGGAACACUCUGCCAAACCUCUUGCCCAAGUGGACGUUUUGGUCUGAGAUGCCAGAUGAAAUGUGUGUGUGAGAACAAUGCUCGCUGUGACCCAGAGAAUGGACAGUGUACCUGCGCUCCUGGAUGGACUGGACACGACUGCAGAAAAGUUUGUGAUGCAGGGCACUGGGGUGCUAACUGCGCAGAAACAUGCGACUGCAGAAAUGGAGACGGAAGCUGUGACGGUGUGACGGGCCUGUGUAACUGUGAAGCAGGAUUUACUGGACCAAGCUGCCAGCAGAAGUGCCCUGCAGGUCUGUUCGGUCUGAGUUGUCAUCAUCUCUGUCAGUGUGAAAAUGAAGCGCUGUGUGACCAUGUGAGCGGAGCUUGCACGUGUCAGGUGGGAUGGACGGGUUCCUUCUGUGAAAAGCCGUGUCCUCAGGGUUUCUACGGUCUGGACUGCCAGGAGAAGUGUUUCUGUCAGAACGGUGGGAGUUGCGAUCACAUCAGUGGCGUUUGUUCCUGUCCUGCAGGCUGGAUCGGCCCAUUCUGCAAUCUGACGUGCCUGGCUGGUUUCUAUGGGCCGGGAUGUAACCGAACCUGUGGCUGUCGCAACGGCGGCAUCUGCCACCCAGCCGGUGGCCAGUGCUCAUGUAUGCCGGGCUGGACCGGACCCAACUGCAUAGAAGAAUGCCCGGCUGGGUUUUAUGGGGCAGACUGUCAGCAGGUCUGCUUGUGCCAGAACGAAGCCACCUGCAACAAAACUGAUGGAAAAUGUUCAUGUCCAGCUGGUUGGACGGGUACGGCCUGCGAACUGGAGUGCACGGUGGGCCGUUUUGGGGCAGACUGCCAGCAGCGGUGUGAAUGUGAGAACGGCGGCGUGUGCGACAGCCAGGCAGGACGGUGCAGCUGCAGAGCCGGUUGGGUAGGAGAGCGCUGUGAGAAAGCGUGUGAAACAGGCUUGUACGGGGCUGGCUGCACUGAGCGCUGCCGCUGUGUGCACGGGGUUUCCUGUCAUCACGUGACCGGGCAGUGCCGGUGUUCUCCAGGCUGGAGGGGAAAGCUUUGUGACAAAGCAUGUUUGCCCGGUACAUUCGGUGAAGGCUGCAUGCAGCGCUGCAGCUGUGCACAGGAAACUUCCUGCCACCACGUCUCUGGAGAGUGCGGCUGUCCUCCUGGAUUUACCGGCAACGGCUGUGAACAGACUUGUAUUCCAGGAUUGUUUGGGCCAAACUGUAACCAGGUCUGUCAGUGCUCAGAGACGAACCAGCUCUGCCAUCCGGUGUCUGGAUCCUGUUACUGCGCCCCAGGUUUCCAUGGCUCCAAAUGUGACCAAAGCUGUGAAGAGGGUCGCUACGGUCCCGACUGUCAGAAAGAGUGUCGGUGUGAAAACGGAGGAAGGUGUGUUCCUUCAACUGGAAGCUGUGAAUGUCCAGCUGGGUUCAUUGGCCAGAGCUGCAACAUCACGUGUCCAGUCGGGCGCUAUGGCGUCGACUGCAACCGUGUGGCUGUGUGUGGAGACGGAGCCCAGAGUGACCCCGUCACCGGUCGAUGUGUGUGCAUCCCCGGGCGCAGAGGAGAAGACUGUGGACAAAACUGCCCUCCCGGCUGGUUUGGGGGAUAUUGCACUCAACGCUGUAACUGCAGUAACGGAGGGUUGUGCGACUCUGCGACAGGCAACUGCACCUGCGGUCUGGGCUGGACUGGGGAACGCUGCAACAUCGAGUGUCCCGUGGGCCGAUUCGGUGCAAACUGUCAGCUGAAAUGUAGCUGUCAAAAUAACGGCUCUUGUGACAAAGUGACGGGAACGUGUCGGUGCGGAUCGGGCUACUAUGGGCAUCUCUGUGAACACGUCUGCCCUCCUGGUUUCCACUGGUCCCUGUGUCAGCUGCAGUGUGACUGCAUGAACGGCGCCACCUGUCACCCUGUGUCGGGCCACUGCAUCUGUCCUCCAGGACAUCAUGGAGCCCGCUGCCACAGAGUGUGUGAGCUGGGGAGGUACGGUCAAGGCUGUGUCGGGGUGUGUGACUGCGAAGACGGUUCCCCCUGCGAUCCUGUGACUGGAAGAUGCAUCUGUCCCUCUGGGAAGACAGGCGCCAGAUGUGAUAUUGACUGCAGAGGCGAUCAUUAUGGGCCAGACUGUGCAGAAAUCUGCGAGUGUAAGAACGGGGCGCAGUGCGACCGAUUCAACGGCCGCUGUCUGUGUGCUCACAGCUGGAUCGGACUCUCCUGUCAGGAAGGUGGACCCCCACUCUACAGCUAUGGAAGCAGCAGAGCGGACUCGCAGCACAACUCAUUAUAACAGCUCCACGGAGCUGGAAAACUGAAACUGGGACAGACGGACGAUGAAAUGAAAAAGUCUGACAAGACGCAGCAGCAGCAGCAGCCAUAGAGACUCUCUGAAGAGAAGUGCAGCUGAAAACAAGGUUGUAUCCUGGAUCUGUGGAAUAACGGUGACAAUAUUUCCACAAGCAGAGUGCAGCGUCAGGACAUUGUUGCCUUCAGUGGGCUUCCAGUGAUGUCUUUUAACACAAGUUGUCACAGGUGCUGUAUAUCAACCUUCCCAGAAGUCAGUGUUGUUGCCCUUGUCAAUGAACGUGUUGUUAGUAAAACAGCCGUAUUUAUACACCCCAGACUUUUUCCACAUUCUGUCACUUUAGAACCACAAGCUUGAGAUUUAUGCAAUAGAUCAAUACAAUACAGUGCUUCAUUUGGAUUCAGCCUGAAUUAACACUCUAACUGUGUUAAAGUAUUAACGUUCAGCUGUAAUUGAAACAUAUUUUGCUGCAGUUGCAGCUGCAAGUCAGCUUUGCACAUAGAGACACAGACCCUGAUGGAUUGGAGGGAGAACAUCUAUGAAGAUCAGUUUACAAGUACUGACAGUUUCUAAAAUGAUUUUAGAUCUGGAGUUUGACUAGGCCAUCCUAACACAUGAAUAUGCUUUGAUCAAAACUGGUCUUGUUUGAAGGUGAACCUGCAUACACACUAUCAUGGGUCACAUUCAUGCAAAAUUAUAAGUCAUCCAGAGUAACAGUGGCAUCUGACUGAUGCUCUCCUUGCUGUCAGUUUAGCUUUGGUCAAUCCUUAUCAGAUUUGAAGCUCUUGAUCUUUUACAAUGAAAUAUCUCCGUACAACAAAGUCAUUAAUGCUUGAAUUAACUCAGCAUAUGAAAAUGUAAGUGUAGUAUUGGCAUUUUACAGAUGCUGAAUUUAAAAUAACAUUUCUCGUCUAAAGGAGGAAAUUUAACAAAUUCAAAUGUUGGUAAUUAAUCAGCAAAUUAGGAAAAGAAAUAUGUAUAACUGGGAUUAACUCAGACCACUAGAUGGCAGAGAUAUGCUUCAAAUACCAUUUUUUGUUUAUGUGGAAAAUGCACCGACCAGCAUCAGUGGGAUUUCUACAUCUGGGCUCCAUUAACUGCAACAGUCUACCAGUGACUAAUCCUCUCCAGAAAUGCACUGCUGACCUGUCUGCUGUGUUCCUCCUUCUCUCAUGAUACUCGUAAUAAAUUUCUAUAUUUAUUAGAUGCUGUCCAGUAAUUGACUCAAUUUAUUAGAUUACUUCUAAAAGCAACUUGCUGCACUGCAAUUUAUUUAGAGUUGCAGUAUAUUGAAACUUGUGGUUGUAAUCUGACAAAAUGUGGAAACUGUUAAAUAUGAAUACUAUUGUAAGGCCCUGUGCAUACCUCAGUCAAGUAAUGUGAUACUCCAGUUCACUAAAUGUUGGACGUCUGAGUUCUUUCUAUUCCAACUGACAUUAAAUGAAGCAACAUUCGUGUGCAAAUUUGACAAACUUUGCUCUUUGUUAUUUUAAUAGAUUUUGUGUAUAAAUGGUUUUGUAUUUAUAUUUUAUAUGGUUGUUUUUACAGCUGAAUAAGGUGAGAAAUAAAGACGCACACUCAG